CGCUGAGGCUUAUCACCACCGAUCCAUCGAUCUUUUUCAUCUUUCCAGAUAAAGAUCGAGUUUGCUAGGUCGAUAUGGGCUCUCUCAUGGCUGGAUGGAGCUCCCAUGCGCUCGACGACGACCUCAAAGCUCGUUUCAUGAGAAAUCGUUCGCUGACCAAGGACGAGGUGGAGGCCUUCUGGAGGCAGCACAAGAAGCCGGCGCCGGAGGACAACGUCGACGGCGGCGAGACCGUCGUCGCCUCCUCUCCCCGCAAGGGGAGCCCGAGGUUGACCACGCGUCCGCCGACUCUAUCUCAUGUCCGUUCGUCGCCGCCGGUGAUGACGAGUAGCGUGGACGGCGACGGCGACGGCGAGGCUGCCGCUAGCCCCAGCGCCAGCCGCGACUGGUGGACGAGGAGCAGCUGGGCGUUCCUCAAUGAGCCACCUCCGCAGCAGCGCGAAGGAGGAGGCGUUGGGCAAGGCGCCGCGGCCGCCGUCUGAUCAUCAUCUCUUUAAUUACUUUGCUAUAAGCUGGCUUUGUAUCCCUGUAAAUAAGUACUCUCUUAAACUAUUAAAUCACUAUCUAAACACUCUUUUAUUAGUUUACGGAGAGAGUACGUACCAGCCAUGUAAUUGGAGUGGUGGUUUUGCUAAUGUUUGAUUUCUAUA